GGAAGAAGUGAGGCCAAUGCUUGACCCUAUUCAAUGGGGCGAGUCCUAACGAGUUCAUUUAAAAAGUUAUUUUAUUCAUUUAUAUCUUAGUAUUAUUCUUUGUUAUGCCUUCAUCCAACGCCUGUAUUAUUUUCACCACCCCGUACCUGAGUUUUUUUACUUGAAAUUUUGCAACUUCCAAACGAGUUUCAAAAGCCGGUUCAGAGCAACAGCUUCCCGGUUCGGAGCAGUUAAUCGUCAUUUGUGGCGCCAAAAAGGGGCAGACAAAAAAUAAAAAAUAAAAAUUCAAAGCAAGUAACACUCCAAAAUCACCCUUUUGUGUGCAAUGAGAUGGUGGAUCUUGAUCUGCAUUCCUUGGCCCGCCAACUGGGAUCGUGCAACAACUACGGCUCCAUCUACCGAGGAAGACUGCUUCACAUCCUUUUCCUCAAAUCUGGCGUUCUCCAUUCUGUUCUUUCAAUUGGAAACCGUCUUCUACAGAUGUAUUCUAGGUGCAACAGCAUGAGGGAGGCGCAGCAACUGUUUGAAGAAAUGCCGAAAAGAAAUUGUUUCUCUUGGAACACUAUGAUUGAAGGGUAUUUGAAAUCAGGGAGCAAAGGGAAGUCACUAGAGUUGUUUGAUUCAAUGCCCCACAAGGAUGCUUUUUCAUGGAACGUGGUCAUUUCGGGUUUUGCAAAAGAGGGUAAUUUGGAGGUUGCCCGGCGUUUGUUCAAUGAGAUGCCUUGGAAGAAUGGGAUUGCUUGGAAUUCGAUGAUUCAUGGUUAUGCCUGCAACGGUCGCCCAAAAGAAGCUGUUGGGUUGUUUAAGGAUUUGAGUUUGAAUCCGCUGGAACGGUUUUGUGGGGAUACGUUUGUUCUGGCUACAGUUGUUGGUGCUUGUACCAAUUUGGGGGCUCUUGAUUGUGGGAAGCAAAUACAUGCUCGCAUUGUUGUUGAUGAAGUGGAAUUUGACUCAGUCUUGGGGAGUUCCCUUGUUAACUUGUAUGGGAAAUGUGGGGAUAUCGACAGUGCAAAUCAUGUUUUGAAUUUGAUGAAGGAGCCAGAUGCAUUCUCUUUAUCUGCAUUGAUAUCAGGAUAUGCAAGUUGUGGUAGAAUGAAUGAUGCAAGAAGAAUUUUUUGUUUGAAAAGUAACGCAUGUGUGGUGUUGUGGAACUCCAUGAUUUCUGGAUAUGUAGCCAAUAAUGAAGCAUUAGAAGCACUAGAGCUCUUUAAUAAUAUGCGAAGAAAAGGAGUUCAGGAAGACUACUCUACUUUUGCCAGUGUUUUGAGUGCAUGCAGUACCUUAGGUAUUAUUGAUCAGGGUAUACAAGUGCAUGCUCAUGUUUAUAAAGUUGGGUUCACUAAUGAUAUUAUCAUCGAUAGUGCUCUUGUUGACAUGUAUUCUAAGUGCAGAAGGCCUGAUGAUGCUUGCAAAUUAUUUAGUGAUCUUCAAGCCUAUGACACCAUCUUGCUCAAUUCUAUGAUAACCGUGUAUUCCAAUUGUGGAAGAAUUGAUGAUGCAAGGCAGAUCUUUGAUACCAUGCCAAGUAAAAGCUUGAUCUCAUGGAAUUCAAUGAUAGUGGGUUUCAGUCAAAAUGCUUGUCCAAUUGAAGCAUUAGACCUUUUCUGUGAGAUGAAUAAACUGGGCCUGAGGAUGGACAAGUUUAGCCUGGCUGGUGUGAUCAGUGCCUGUGCUAGCAUCUCUUCACUUGAGCUUGGUGAACAGAUUUUUGCUAGGGCUACUAUCAUCGGACUUGAAUUUGAUCAGAUCAUUUCCACCUCCCUUGUGGAUUUCUAUUGUAAGUGUGGCUUAGUUGAACAUGGGCGAAAACUGUUUGACAGAAUGAUGAAAUCUGAUGAAGUCCCAUGGAACUCUAUGUUGAUGGGUUAUGCUACAAAUGGCCAUGGAAUUGAAGCCUUGAAUGUAUUUGAUCAAAUGAGAAGUGUGGGUGUACAACCCACUGAUAUUACAUUUGUUGGGGUUCUGUCUGCCUGUGAUCAUUGUGGGCUGGUUGAAGAGGGUCGAAAAUGGUUUUAUGCAAUGAAACUUGACUAUCAUAUUAACCCAGGGAUUGAGCACUACUCUUGCAUGGUUGAUCUAUAUGCUCGUGCAGGUUUGCUUGAGGAUGCAAUGAAUCUUAUUGAACAAAUGCCAUUAAAGGCAGACACAAGCAUGUGGUCAUCAGUAUUGAGGGGCUGUGUAGCUCAUGGGAAUAACAUUCUUGGUAAGAAAGUUGCAAAACGAAUUAUUGACCUUGACCCUGAGAAUUCAGGUGCUUAUGUGCAGCUGUCUGGCAUAUAUGCCACUUUUGAGGACUGGGGAAGAUCAGCACAGGUUAGAAAGUUGAUGUAUGAUAAGAAAAUACCAAAGGUACCUGGUUGCAGUUGGGCAGAUAGUUUAACUUCGUGAUGACUGACUUGUCUUCUUGAAGGGAGAUACUUUAUUCCCGAAAGGAGGAAACAGUAUAUUUUUGCAGGGUGGCAUCAAUAUUUGAUCACUUUGAACAAA